ACCACUCCCAGUUUCUGCUGCCCGAGCCUGCACCCACCUGUGCCCAUGGCCUGCACGGGCCCGUCACUUCCUAGCGCCUUCAACAUUCUAGGUGCAGCAGGCCAGGACACGCUCCUGUAUCUGAAGCACAAACUGAAGACCCCACGCCCAGGCUGCCAGGGGCAGGACCUCCUGCAUGCCAUGGUUCUCCUGAAGCUAGGCCAGGAAACCGAGGCCAGGAUCUCCGUAGUGGCAUUGAAGGCCGAUGCAGUGGCCCGGCUGGUGGCCCGCCAGUGGGCUGGCGUGGACAGCACUGAGGACUCAGAAGAGCCCCCAGACGUGUCCUGGGCUGUGGCCCGCUUGUACCACCUGCUGGCUGAGGAGAAGCUGUGCCCAGCCUCACUGCGGGACGUGACCGACCAGGAAGCACUCUGCAGCCCCAGCUCCAGGGACGACCACCAGCUGGGGGAACUUCAGGAUGAGGCCUGAAACCGGUGUGGGUGGGACAUUGUUGGGGAUCCAGGGAGCAUCUGGAUGCUCCAGUCCAAUCUGGGCUGCCUCCCACCAUCCUCAGCUUCGUUCUCUGGGACCAGGAGCCUCCCAUGCCCCAUCGAUGGUGUUUUGGGCUGGAGCCAAGGGUUCUCCCUGCGAUCCAUGGACAGCCCCGCAUCCCUGGCCAGCAACUUGGAAAUCAGCCAGUCCCCCACCAUGCCCUUCCUUAGCCUGCACCACAGCCCACAUGGGCCCAGCAAGCUCUGUGACGACCCCCAGGCCAGCUUGGUGCCUGAGCUUGUCCCCGGUGGCUGCCGGGAGCCUGAGGAGAUGAGCUGGCCGCCAUCGGGGGAGAUUGCCAGCCCCCCAGAGCUGCCAAGCAGCCCACCCCCUGGGCUUCCCAAAGUAGCCCCAGAUGCAACCUCAACUGGCCUCCCUGACACCCCUGCAGCUCCAGAAACCAGCACCCACUAUCCGGUGGAGUGCACUGUGGGGUCUGCAGGACCCCAGUCUCUCCCCUCGCCCAUUUUGAAGCCUGUCAAAAACCACUGCCCUGUCAAAGACCAGACGCCACUCCAACUUUCUGUGGAAGACACCACCUCUCCAAAUACCAAGCCAUGCCCACCUACUUCCACCACCCCAGAAACAUUCCCUCCUCCUCCUCCUCCUCCUCCAUCAGCCCCUUGUUCAGCUCACCUGACCCCUUCCUCCCCGUUCCCUUCCUCCCUGGAAUCGUCAUCGGAACAGAAAUUCUAUAACUUUGUGAUCCUCCAUGCCAGGGCGGACGAGCACAUCACCCUGCGGGUCCGGGAGAAGCUGGAGGCCCUUGGCGUGCCCGACGGGGCCAUCGUCUGCAAGGAUUUCCAGGUGCCAGGGCGUGGGGAGCUGAGCUGCCUGCAGGAUGCCAUAGACCACUCAGCUUUCAUCAUCCUACUUCUCACCUCCAACCUUGACUGUCACCUGAGCCUGCACCAGGUGAACCAAGCCAUGAUGAGCAACCUCAGCGACAGGGGUCGCCAGACUGUCAUCCCCUUCCUGUCCCUGGAGAGCUCCCCAGCCCAGCUGAGCUCCAACACGGCCAGCCUGCUCUCCGGGCUGGUGCGGCUGGAUGAACAGUCCCAGAUCUUCGCCAGGAAGGUGGCCAACACCUUCAAGCCCCACAGGCUUCAGGCCCGAAAGGCCAUGUGGAGGAAGGAACAGGACACCCGAGCCCUGCGGCAACAGAGCCAACACCUGGACGGUGAGCGGAUGCAGGCGGCGGCCCUGAACGCGGCCUACUCGGCCUACCUCCAGAGCUACUUGUCCUAUCAGGCACAGAUGGAGAAGCUCCAGGUGGCUUUUGGGAGCCACAUGUCAUUUGGGACUGGGGCGCCCUUUGGGGCUCAAAUGCCCUUUGGGGGCCAGGUGUCUCUGGGAGUCCCGCCACCCUUUCCCACUCGGCCGGGGUGCCCGCAGCCGCCACCCCUGCAUGCGUGGCAGGCUGGCACCCCCCCACUGCCCUCCCCACAGCCAGCAGCCUUCCCACAGUCCCUGCCCCUCCUGCAGCCCCCAGCCUUCCCUACGGCCUCACCUGCACUCCCUCAGAGCCCAGGACUGCAACCCCUCAUUAUCCACCAUGCACAGAUGGUACAGUUGGGACUGAACAACCACAUGUGGAACCAGAGAGGGUUCCAGGCGCCCGAGGACAAGACACAGGAGGCGGAAUGA